CUUCGAAUUCUACCAACAAGUCCUUCAGCCAGUGCUGGCUCGUGCCGCUGAAGAGCAACCUCACGAUUCGUAGUCUCACAUUCAUGCUGUUUAGAGAUGUUUAUCCAUCUGUGUGAAGACAUCGAACUGUGAGAGGGACGAACGUGACCGGUCCGGUCACCAUCUCGGAGGUCAUUUCGCCGACCCCAGAUUCCUGUCAAGCUCACCUCUUAUACUCUCAAACCUUGACUCUUCUUGUUUCCAGCAAUGAGUUACAAACGGAUCGUCCUCGCGUCGCGGCCGGUCGCCGACAUCCAGCCUGAUACGUUCCGCGCCGAGACGCAGUCGCUGUCCUCGCUCGUCCCCAAGGACGACCAGAUUCUGGUGCAAGUGACAUGGCUGAGUCUUGACCCCGCUAUGCGCGGCUACAUUCGCGAUGCGCGCAGCUAUCUGCCUCCCGUGCAGAUUGGGGAGACGAUGCGCGCCCAAGGGCUGGGCGUGGUCACCAAAGUCGGCGCUUCAAGCGCGUUCAAAGUCGGAGACGUUGUCUCGGGAGCCUUUGGGUGGACGGAGUUUGCGGUCAUGAAGGACAAGCAGGUCGAGAAGAUAACGGUGCCCAAGGGCGUCCAGACUCUUGACUUCCUCAACACUCUCGGUACAUCCGGUCUCACUGCGUACUUUGGCAUCCGAGAUAUCUGUGAUAUCAAACCCGGGGAGAAAAUGCUCGUCUCGGGUGCUGCAGGAUCUGUGGGCACUCUUGCAUGCCAGCUCGGAAAGCGCGCAGGCGCUGAAGUCUACGCCAUUGCUGGGGCGGAAGACAAGUGCCGCUGGCUGGAAAAGGAGAUCGGGGUGGUCAAAGCAUUCAACUACAAGAGCCCUAGCUUCAACAAGGACCUGCGUGCGGUCGGGUUUUGGGACGUUUACUUUGACAAUGUCGGAGGAGAUAUUCUCGACCUUGUCUUGACUCGGUUGAAUAAGGGUGCUAGAAUCGCGCUUUGUGGCGCAAUCUCACAAUAUAAUGCCGUCAAGCCAAAAGGUCUGCAGAACUAUCAAACACUUAUUUCUAUGCGGGCCAAAAUCCAGGGAUUCAUCAUCUUGGAUUAUGUCACAGAAUUCCCGGCCGCCAUCGAUGAACUCGCGAGAGGCCUCGCUGAUGGGACAAUCAAGCGCAAGUUCCAUAUCGUCGAGGGCCUGGAGCAGGCGCCUUUGGCACUGCCGAUGCUCUUCAGCGGCGGAAACACAGGGAAAUUAGUGGUGAAAGUGUCAGAGGAGCCAAAGAUCCAAGCCAAGCUUUGAUUUAGCCCUAACACAAACGUGCUUGACUUGCCAACCAUUCUCAUGAUCAAACGGAAAUUUCCAUUACG